AGCGGAUGUGAAGAUGAUGAUGAAAUUAUUGACGAGUAUGAAGAUCAGGAUGAAGAUGAUGCGCUCGGGUUAUCUCCUCUGAGCGCGCGCGCGCGCUCUCCACCUCCCGGCGCGAUGGGGAGCGCGGAGGUCCGCCCGGCGGCGGAUGAGGAUCCGUGGAGCGGCGCGCUGAACCGCUCUCAGGGCGAGGAGCGCUUCAGGAGCCUGGAGGACAUCGACGUGUCGGCGGACGGCAGCCCCGCGCUCCGGUUCAUCAUCUCCGUCACCUACCUGGUGGUGUGCGCCGCGGGGCUGGUGGGCAACCUGCUGGUGCUGUUUCUGGUGCGCGCGAGGCAGGAGCGCCGCACCAACAAGAUCAACUUCUUCAUCCUGAACCUCGCGGUGACGGACUUCCAGUUCGUGCUGACGCUGCCGUUCUGGGCGGUGGACACGGCGCUGGACUUCAGCUGGCCGUUCGGAGACGCCAUGUGCAAGAUCGUGCUGUCGGCCACGGUGAUGAACAUGUACGCGAGCGUCUUCUUCCUCACGGCCAUGAGCGUCACGCGCUACCGCUCGGUGGCCUCGGCGCUGACGGAGCGCUCCUCGCCGAGCACCUGCUCCGCGCGCGGCGUCGGCGCGCUCCUCUGGGCGCUGGCCACGGUGGCCACGGCGCCCACCGCCGUCUUCUCCACGGUGACCAACGUGGCCGGAGAGAAGCUGUGCCUGCUGCGCUUCCCGGAGGGGCAGCACUGGCUGGCCGUCUACCACGUGCAGAAGAUCCUGGUGGCGUUCGUCGUGCCCAUGUUCGUGGUGUGCGUCAGCUACCUGCUGCUGCUGAGGCUCGUGCGCCGCCGCGGCAUGCGCAGCAACACCAAGCGCCGGACGCAGGUCACCAGGUCCGUCACGCUGGUGGUGCUCUCCUUCUUCCUCUGCUGGAUGCCCAACCAUGCCAUCACGCUGUGGGGCGUGCUGGUCAAGUUCAACCUCGUGCGCUGGGACCGGACGUACUACGUGGUGCACACCUACGUGUUCCCGCUCACCGUGUGCCUGGCGCACGCGAACAGCUGCUUUAAUCCGGUCAUUUACUGCAUGACGCGCCGGGACUUCAGGAAAAAGCUUAAGGAGCUCUGGCUGCGAGAGUGAGUGGCGCGAGCGCGGGGACGCUUACGGACUAAUAGACUAGUGGAGCGCAGGUCACGAUACGUGAUGCACACGACACGGGUUGAUCGCACUAAACUAAACCACCUUAAAACUAUAUGAUGGACCUGAUCACUACUGAUCCAUCUCUCUCUCUAUCUCUUUCUCUGUAUGUCAAUAUACAUUACUGUGCAAAAGUUUUAGGCAUCUGUGGGAAUUUCAGUAAAGAAAAAGCUUCUUAUCUGUGCAGUAAGUGUUUAUUAUCUCAGUAAAACACAUUAACUCGGCAUUACAAUAAAUACAAACAGCAAUUUUACAAAAAGCACAGCUUUUACAGCCCUGUUUUCCUUAAAACAUAUUCUAAUCUCUCCUCCUCAUCUGAGUUUAAUAGAGUUAUUUCUAGUUCUCAUCAUAUUAAUCAACACCUGGUUUGGUAAAUUACUGGUAAAUGCGGUAAAUCAGGUGAGCUGCUGACGGAACUGAACAUAAUAUACACAUGCUGGCUGAGGAGCAUCCAGGAGAAAUCUGGGAUCUCUACACUUUGUUCUUCAGCUUAUUUGGCUCACAGGAUAUAUAUAAUACUUAGUUAAAAAAAGAGAAUUCCUUGUUAAGUUUUAUUGUAUGUAUGGAUUCAUCUCAGAAUGAAUUUGCUUUGGUGCCUAAAACUUUUGCACAGUACUGUAUCUCUCUAUAUAUCCAUCAAUAUUUACAAAACUAUACACACACAAACACAAAGUCGUAUGCAAAAGUUUGGGCAAAAAAGUUGUGCACAUUUUCCCUGUGAUAAUAUAUACUGUAAAAUAUUGGCAAAAAUGUAACUGAUAUUUUCAGCCUUUUGCUUAAACCAGAAAAUCCCAGCUAAAAAGAAUUAUGGUUAGUAAAACGUUUUAUUUUACUUGAUGUACAAGUUGAUUACACUAAACUACAUUGUUUUAUAUAUACACAUAUACAAACACAAACACAAAAAGUCAUAUGCAAAAGUUUGAGAAUCCCAGAAAAUCACAGCUAACAAAUUGUGGUCAGAAACACGUUUUCUGAACAUUACUGUGUAUCUUCUCAUUACAUUCAACCAGUCAAACUUUUUUACUGAAUGUUUUUAAAAUAUGUCUGAAAUGUUAAUCAACAUUUCCAUAACAUUGUAAAGCAAACGUCUACAUAGGAACAUUUAAUGAUAAAUGUUCCAAUAAUGUGAUGCAAACCAUUAUUAUGUCACACGUUUAAAAAAAAAAAACAGUUGUGUAACGUUUUCUGAAUGUUACAAUAAAUGUUCCUAGAACAUUCAAUCUGUCAAGUUUUGAUUCAGUGCUUUUAAAGCAUUCUAGUAACGUCGCUGCAACAUCACUACUGUCAGUGUUGUAAUUUUAAGUUUUGGGAAUGUUGUAUAAAUGUUUCCAUGAUAUUAGUAUCCGUUUAGCUUGGUAUGUAAUAAGGUUAUGAUGCAAACCAUUAUAUAUCACACAAUUUCAGAACUUCACCUUCUUUAAUCUGCUUACAACAAUCAAUCUGUCAAGUUUUCUGGAUGUUCUCUAUUAUUUAACAUUUUUAAACGUUCUGGUAACGUUGCUGCAACAUCAUGAGCAUCAGUGCUCCAAUAAAAGAUCUAUCAAAAAAGUGGCUUGAGUAGAAGUGUUGAGUUGAAGUGUUCUUUAUGCAUUUUUGUACUUAAUAAUUGCAAGUAGAAGGACAGGGAUUAAGCAUGGUUUUAGAUUCAUGGGAUCAGGGAUUAAGCCCAGACUUAAUAGACUUUAUCCAUUUAAACUGCUAUUCUGAAUACAUAAUAACUAGGCUUAAUCUGUGGAAAGACUGCAAAACUGUCCUAUUAAUGCUGAUUAAAAUUUUAACCCACUAUAUACACCAUGAAAUCACUCAAAACAUUUAAACAAGAGUGUCCAAACUUUUGCAUACGUUUAUUUGUCUUUUUCUUCUGUCUUACAUUUUUCUUCACACGCCUUUGUCUUUUUAACAUAUUUAACUGUCAAUGGGAUUUUCCUAAAUAGAGAUUGAGCCUAAUCUUAGACCAAAGGUUCUGAAAUGUUUUAGACCAUGUACCACCAAUGAUGACCAAACUAAAACUUCCAAUUACCACCAAGUACACACCAUUUCACAGAAACACAUUAAGUUACUGCACACAUGCUUAUUUAUACACAGUAAAUAAAUAAAUAAGCAUAGGUGUAAACCACACACAUACAUCUGAUUUUACUCGGGCUGCAUAAAAUAUUGUUUAAGCAUAGUCAUCGCGAUUAAAUCAGGCAAUUAAAUCAAACACGUCAUGUGGCAAUGUUUUGAUUCUUGACACAAGAAGUAGAUACACAGCGCUGUCUCUGUGUCUGUGUGAGUGACAGGCUGCUGCUGCCCGAGAAGCAUGAGGGGGAGGGGGAGCAUUGCAGUGUAAUUUUUUUCCAAUAUCGUGCAGCCAUAGAUCUUAUCUAGAUCUUUUAUUGGUUACUGUUUCAGGUUAAUACAGUAUCAGAAUCAGGAUUAGGGGUGUGCCAUAUCGU